CCCGUUCCCUGUUGGUCCUGUCGUCUGUCAGUGGAGCUCAGUCAGCAGACAGUCGGUCGGUCCGGUCAGCUGGUUCCGUCUAUACGGUGUUCGAGAGCUUCCUGAUGGUAAGCCGAUCGUGAUUAUCCACCCGAUGAUAUAGGACCUGGUAAUCGAGCCUCGAUCAUCAAGGAGUGGAGACAAAUUCAGCGGCCCGCGCGCCGCAUGUGCGCGAGUGUGCAGCUUCUCCACCGGAAACACCAACUGCACGGUGCGAGGUAAACCGAACGAUAAGAAGAGUCGACGGUAGAAACCGAAAACGAGGAAGAAGAAGAUAGAAACGCGCCGUGGAACGACGUUGUACACCUGGUCAGGCAGGAAAUGACUAUAUCGUACGCGAGCGAAGUGCCAAACGGCUCCAGCUUCGGCUGCUUCUGGAGGAUCCUGGUCAAAUGGCGGGGCUCCGUAUACAAGCUAAUUUGGCGAGAAUUGCUGGCCUACCUGUUCGUCUACUACGUCAUCAAUCUUACGUACCGAUAUGCACUCAACGAGCACCAGCGGGUAAUCUUCGAAAAGAUCCGAUACUACUUUGGGAACUCCAGUGACUCGAUACCGAUGUCGUUCGUGCUGGGAUUUUACGUGAGCCUGGUCGUGAAGCGAUGGUGGGAGCAGUACAAAUUAUUACCCUGGCCGGACAACUUAGCUCUAUUUAUCAGCGCCGCGAUUCCAGGAAAUGACGAGAGAGGGAGACUGAUGAGGAGAAACAUCGUGAGGUACGCCGUCCUCGCGUAUGUCAUUACGCUGCAAAGGAUUUCGUUGCGCGUUAAAAGGCGAUUUCCGACGCUUCAGCACAUCGUAGACGUUGGUCUGAUGAUGGAGUCUGAGAAGAAAAUCUUCGAGAUGAUGAACAAAAAGGCGGCGAUGUCCAAGUAUUGGAUGCCGCUGGUGUGGGCGACGAACAUCAUCAACAGGGCCAGGAGGGAGUCCCUGAUAACCAGCGACCAAGUAGUGCAGACCCUCCUUGUCGAGCUCAGCGACAUCCGGAAGAGGCUUGGCGCGCUUAUUGGUUACGACACUGUUUGCGUUCCUCUCGUUUACACUCAGGUAGUCACACUAUCGCUGUACGCGUACUUCUUCUCCGCCCUGCUCGGCAGACAAUUUAUCGAGCGUAUCGACAAGGGAAGCGGGAAAUACGAGGAACCCGACAUGUAUUUUCCAUUUUUCACGGCCCUGCAGUUUUGUUUCUACGUGGGAUGGUUGAAAGUCGCCGAAGUGUUGAUCAAUCCAUUUGGAGAGGACGACGACGACAUCGAGUUGAACUGGCUUAUAGAUCGACACAUCAAGGCAGGGUACAUGAUCGUCGACGAAAUGCACGAGGAGCACCCAGAAUUGCUGAAAGACCAAUACUGGGACGAAGUCGUGCCCAAAGAUUUGCCGUACACGGUGGCCAGCGAGCAAUAUCGACGAGAAGAGCCGAAGGGCUCCGCGGAACACUAUAAGGUCAAAGAGAGUGACGCUCUUUAUGCAAACGUGAUGCUGGGUACGCAGAUCCACAACCACGUUCAGCAUCGCAAGCCCCACCAGGAUGACAUGUAUGCCGAUUACGAGAGCGUCGAUACUCCGUUAGUGGAGCGGAGGAAAAAUUGGCUUCAGCGACAGAUCACACGAAUGGGCUCUGUGCGCAGUUCCUCGACCACGUACAGCAGCGGCGGUGGUUUCUUCUCUCGAAAUCGUCACAACAGCGUCUACAGCAGUCCUGAAACCGGGGGAUUGCCACAGACGAAUAAUCCGAAUUGGAAAAUGUCGCUUUACGACCGACUAGUGGGUCGGAAGAGCAUUCGAAGUCAACGAAUGGGUCGACAAGGCACGAUGACGAAGCCUAACUCGGUGCCCGUCUCCCUGAAGAACAGACCCCGCAUACCAACACCGGACGUGACGAAAGAAAGUGGCGACCGUGAGCAGAGAUUAGCUCUGUCGGCGACGAAUGCUGCGAACAUCGGCGCCGGCGUCGUGGGAGUGAUACCGGCGAACGGCCAUUAUCCAACGGACCUGUCGGUGGUGCAGGUGGUGCUGUCGCCUAUUCAAGAAGCUGAGGGUACUCCCGUGUCAGGGAAGUCCGGGGCAGCCGCCUUAGCGCAGGCUGUACUCUCCCCGACUCUAACCAGCGCUGGCUUGGUGGCUCCGGUCACCUUGACACCGGUCACGAUGAGUCAAUUAACGCAAUUAGGCUUAGUAACGACGACCUCCGCGUCGAUGCUGAAGCCUAACAACCAACCCACCAACAUCCAAGCGACUUUAACAGAGGUGAACAGCAGCGAGGAGGAAGGUUCCGGCAGCGGCAGUAGCAGGAGCGGCAGUAUCGCUGGACAAGAAGACCGUUCCACGCCAUUGAUGAGCCCCGACAGGAGCACGCCGUUGAUCGGAGAGACGAACAGUCGUUUGGGUAGCAACGGCAGUUCGUCAACCUUCGACAGCUACAACGACCGCUCGCCUAUUUUGAUGAGCCCAGAUAAGUUAGGCUACGUAGUCGCCGCGGUACCGGCUACCAAUCAAAAUGGCAAAGUUUCGACAGAUCCACGAGGCAGGCGAUCAGCUUCCUUGCCUGGUCCUCCUCUGCUGCUGCCUAGAGAGGACAGGAGCAUGUCUUUGCCUCACUCGCCAGGUCUUCAGCCUAGAGAGACUCGCGCAGCUUCCGUGUCCCAUGGCCCCGAUCCUCCGACCAUCGACAGGCUCCUGGUGCACUGCAUGCAUGACACGCGCCCCAGGACAAGCAGCAUCGACCACGAUCUCUGUAGAGCCACUCACCGCACCCAGGACACCUCGAGGAAGAUCAGCAGCGUGUCCUGCACCAACGCCUCUCUUGCAGGUGGACUCGGAGCGUCGCCCGCCACGGCGACCACCAUCAAACCUGCCAACGGACCUGGAGCAGGCAGUAAAAGGGGAGAGGUGUACGUCUGACCCGAGUCACUGGCGAGUAACGUCGUGGACUAUUUUCUAUCACGUUCGAGUUAUUCGUAACUCGACGACUCGGAUUACUUGCCUGACCAUUCGACUCCGUCCGUCAUCGCGGUGACUUCACGAGGUGACAGCAGAAAGGAUAACGUGGGAUUUCGAUCGUCGAUCGAUCGUGCACGAGGUUUUCCUCUGCAUAAUGUCGAGGAAAGCUUCGAGCGAUUGUGCUGUGAAUACGGCGAGAUUUCAAUGCGUGGAGACUUCGAUGCGUGGAGACUUCAACGAGUGGAGAUAUCAAAGCGCGAAGAUUUCGUUUCGUGGAGACUUCGAUGCGUGGAGACAUCAAAGCGUGGAGAUUUCGCUGCGUGGAGACUUCGACAAAGCAGCACCGGAAGUUCGAAAGAACGAAGUCACCAGGAUGAAUCGUGUUUGUUAGCGAUUCUGUGACUCGAUUUUUGUGUGCAAUAUCAGUGAACGGACGCAGUUUCCAGGUUCCUUCGUUGGAAUCUCGAGGCAACACUUCAUCGUCGUAUGUGCAAUAACGCGGUAGCGAGAGGACGCGUCGGUUCAGUAGCGAAUUUAUGACACUUAGGCUAAUGUUCUUUGACUUGGCGUUGUUUGGCGAACUUAAUUAUUUUUGUGUAAAUAGAUGAUACGCGACUCGUCGAUUUCGCAGGUCUUGCGAUCCAGUAGACGAUCUUCUUACCUGUCCGCGUUAACCAUAUUUAUUCCAUACAAUACGGAGCAUUUCGUUCUCAAACUCCACGAAUGACAAACUCCGUCUACAUAAAAAAAAUAACGAGCGCAUGCGUGCACGCGCAACGUUUGUCAUAUUUGCCAUACUUUGAGACACUUCGCGUGAAAUUGCGUGUAAGUGGUCUCGAGACGAUAUUUACGUGCCGAGAAUGAAAAGCUAAACAAGCCCAAAAAAUUCUUUUCUUCGGUAAAUAGCCACACUGUCACCUUUACUCGAACAAAGUCCGGUUAACCAAGUGAACCAUUCGGAUGAAUGAUUCUUCCGCAUUAAAUCCCGCAACUCGUUGAAACAACAGCUCAAGAACUUUUCUACCGACACAAUUUUGCUAGACUACGUAAUUAUAAAUAACGAGAAGUGUGUAUGGUGAACCGAUGUGGAGGGAGCGAAUUAACGUACGUGUAUGUACAUAGUAGGACAAUUAAGUUGAGAUUGUUUGGUGUCUGAGAUUACGAAAAUGCUCAAUGGCGACGGGCGAUUAGCCAUUGCGACGAAUUUUAUUCUUUUCCACGCGAACCGCGGAACGUUUUUUACGUCGCGAAUAAAUUAUUUAGAGAGCUGUUCGCUCCGUCGAGGAACACUUGUUUAUUAGUCGAGUGCUGCGUACGACUGUCGACUUCGAACAAAUGUGGGAGCAUGCGAUUUUGUAGAUAUUUAACUCACAGUAUUUGUAUAUAGAUUAAAUCUCGGUAAUACUACACUCGACCUGAGACUCUGUUUAUAACUAUAUCGGUAAACAAUUGUUUCGGUGCACGAUUAGCGACAAAAAAAUAUCAUCUCUAAGAAUAGUAAUACGUUAUUCUUAUUAUCCAUAAUCUAUAUUAAAAAUAAACGUUAUAAAAAGUA